AUAGCCACAUAAAAAAUGGCGAUGAUAUUUUGCAACACUCUCUACUCUUCUUCUUCUCCAUCAUAUCUCUCGCCGUUAACUUCAAAACCGUCGCGAUUCUCAAAGAAUCUCAGACCUCGAGCUCAAUUCCAGUCCAUGGAAGACCACGACGAUCACCUCCGCCGAAAAUUUAUGGAGUUCCCGUAUGUGUCACCCACGCGGAAGCAGCUCAUGGUUGAUCUCAUGUCGACGGUGGAGAAUCGCCUCCAAUCACAACUCCUUCCCUGUAACCUCCCUCCAGAUGUACGAAACUUCAAUAACCCUAACGGUUCCGCCGAAGCAUCUCUUCAUAUCAGAUCCGGCGACAAAUCUUCUCCGAUUGAUUUUGUUAUAGGAAGUUGGAUACAUUGCAAGAUCCCAACAGGAGUAUCUUUGAAUAUAACAAGCAUCUCUGGAUUCUUAAACUCAUCAACAAAAGCUCCAAACUUUGUGGUCGAACUAAUACAGAGCAGUUCCAAGUCGCUUGUGCUAAUCCUUGACCUCCCACAUCGUAAAGAUCUUGUUCUUAACCCGGAUUAUCUCAAGGAGUAUUACCAAGACACUGCUCUUGAUUCUCAUCGACAAUCUCUCCUUAAGCUACCUGAAGUUAACCCUUAUGUGUCUCCUUCUCUCUUUGUCCGUUCUGCUUUCUCUCCUACUGCUUCGAUGCUUAAGAUUGAUGCGGAGGAAGAGGAUAAGUUGGAGGAGAUAUUGAGAGAUCAUGUUAGUCCAGCUGCUAAGGAGGUUCUCGAGGUUUGGUUGGAGCGGUGUGUGAAGGAAGAAGAAGAGAAGAUUGUGGUUGGGGAAGAAGAGAGAAUGGAGUUGGAGAGAAGAGAUAAAAGCUUUAGAAGGAAGAGCAUAGAGGACGAUUUGGAUUUGCAGUUUCCGAGAAUGUUUGGUGAAGAAGUUUCCUCCCGUGUUGUACACGCUAUUAAAGAAGCUUUCGGUGUUCUCUAGAUUAUGUAACUAUAUAUAUACAUCAGUUAAUGUUCAUUGUACUAAACAUUUACUUUCAUCAAUGUCACAAGAACGCAAGAUGACCAUCAAACAAGUCCUGUUUUCUCCUAAGAACGUCUUUGUUGUGAAUCAUCUCUGAAUCGGAUUCCUUCUGAUUCAUUUUAAUACUAUGGGAUUGUAAAUUUAUCAAUCAAGUUUCUAAUUUAUCUGUAAAAAAAAGUCUUGAAUUAUUGUUUUUCUCAUGGAUUUUAAAGUUUUUUUUUCACUAUUUUACAUGGAUGUUUUGUUAAAUUUCUCGUUCUCUAGAUCAUGUCAUUUUACAUUAGCAAAACCAAUAUAAUAUAUAGAUUAAUAUUAACGAAGGAACAUAAACGUGCAAAACUAAAAGUUUUAAAGCUAAAUCGCUUUCAAAAGAGUUAGUAACCAGACAAAAAAGAGACAGAUCAUCGGCAACUAAUCUCGUCAUCGCAUGCAUCAUAAACCAAAUUAACUAAAUCAUCCAUUUAAUCCAUUUGUUCUUAUCAGAUCAUCCU